AACCUACGUAUUGCCAUGGAGAUGCUUGUGGACAAAAUUUGGGAUAAAUUCUGUUAAAGUAUACAUAGAGAAUAAAACAAAAAUUAGAAUUAUGAGAGAAUAAGUAUUAUUUCACGUAGUCUCGAGAAAUAUAUAUAUACAUAUAUGUGUAUAUAUUAUAUAUAUAUAUAGAUAUAUAGAUAGAUAUAUAAAUAUAAUUUGUAAUAUUUUUGUCACCGCUUGUAAAAAGUAAAAAAAUCGGGAGUGCAAUGAGUACGAGUAUGAAGGAGACGGUACAUAAUUUAGGUAAAAUAGUCAACAAUGAACAUAUUGGAAACGGGGAGGCAAUUGUCCCUGAAGAAUCUCCGGCAAAGCAGAAGUUAAGAAGCUGGUUAAAUCGGCGUCUGCGAAUUGAAAUGACAGACGGAAGAGUGUUGAAAGGAUCUUUCUUAUGUACUGAUCGCGAUGCCAAUGUUAUUCUGGGCUCGUGCACUGAAUUUCUAUCUACAGAACAUACGGAAGCAAGAGUAUUAGGAUUAGUAAUGGUACCUGGACGACACAUUGUUUCAAUACAUUUGGAUGUGUGAAGCAAGAUUACCCUUUGCAAAUCUGUAAAUAGUUUCCACAUUAUGCUUAUUUAUUAUAAAUUGAUUCAUAACACAAAAAUGUGUAUAAUACAUUUAUUUCUAAGAUUUAUUAUUGUGGUAAAUCUGUAAACCAUAAAAAAUUAAAUAUCAAAAUUAAUUCUUUUAUCACAGAA